CGUCGUUGGACAAAGGAGCGGGAGGAGGUUUGAAAGGAGCCGGUGGGGUGAAGUGACGGGGGGGGUGGCGAGCUCGGCGAAGGCCUAGUCUUGUUUCUGAGCCGCUGCUGCAGUGCACUCGAGCUUGUUGGUCGCGCCAUGGAGGCGGACAUCCUGGACACACUCGAUGCGCUAGGGUACAAUGGACCCUUGUUGGAAGAAGAAGCACUUUUGAAAGCAGUUGAGAUUGGGCCAUCUUCUUCAGAAUUUACUGAAUUAUGUGUAUGGUUAUCUUCACAGAUAAAACUGUUAUGUAAUUUGGAAGAAAGUAUAAAUAGUAUUACUAGUGCUGAUGAUAUUGAAAGCUUUCUGUUGGAGGUUAAUGGUUUCCUAAAAGAAAUGUCUUGCCCCUAUUCAACACUUCUGUCAGGAGAUUUUAAAGAGAGACUAAAAAAGAAGGAAGACUGCUUAAAACUAUUAUUAUAUCUUUCAUCUGAGCUUCAAACUGCCAGGAUCAUACGGUGUAAAUCUCCAGUAUCGAAAGCUGAAGGCAACAAAGAUAUUUCUCGGGAAAUUAAAUCUAUCUUUGCAACGCUGGGCUUUCCUUAUCCUGCAUCAGGUGUUGCUGACGCACAGUUAUUUAAACCUGUAGAGGAAAAGAUGAAAAACAUUAUUUCCAAAGUUCCCAAAAGUCAUAUGAGUCAACCAUUGCUGAAGAAGACACUAAGUCCUGAACAAUGGGAGAACCUUGUGGAGAUAAAUAAAGCUCUCACCAGUGAGUACGAGUGUCGCAGAAGGAUGUUGAUCAAACGUCUAGAUGUGACUGUCCAGUCAUUUGGCUGGUCUGACAAAGCCCAGGCAAAUACAGACAAAAUGGCAAAAGUCUAUCAACCAAAAAGGCAGUCUUUAUCGUUGAUGUCAACCAUAACCCUGGCUCACCUCCUGGCUGCGCGUGAGGACUUGUCCAAAAUCCUGAAAACCAGCAGUGGUUCCUUAAGAGAAGGAACAUCCUGUGCCAUUAACAAGGUUCUGAUGGGGAGAGUGCCUGACCGAGGAGGUAGGCCAUCUGAAAUAGAAGCACCACCACCAGAGAUGCCACCAUGGCAGAAGAGACAAGAUGGCGGGAGAGGUGGAUUUGGUGGUGGAGGUGGUGGUCGUGGUUGGGGUGGUGGACAAGGAGGUGCAGGUGGCAGGGGUGGUGGAGGAAGAGGUGCACAAGGGGGAGGAGGUGGUUCUUGGGGGGGUGGAGGUGGUGGCUAUGGGGGUGGCCAAGGAGGUGGAGGCUGGCGAGGUGGCCAGGGAGGUGGUGGCUAUGGAGGUGGCCAGGGAGGUGGUGGCUAUGGAGGUGGCCAGGGAAGUGGUGGCUAUGGGGGUGGCCAGGGAGGUGGUGGCUAUGGAGGUGGCGGUUACGGAGGUGGCCAGGGAGGUAGAGGUGGGAGAGGAGGGUAUGGGGGAAGAGGAGGUUAUGGGGGAAGAGGAGGGUAUGGAGAUACAGGAAACUAUAGUGGACGAGGAGGUUAUGGGAGAUACUAAAUGGACAUGACAAUUCGUUCAGAAUACCUGCAUUAACUGUUGACUCUUAGAGCUACACUGUUUGCAAUCAGUGCAACAGAGAAGAUUGUACCUGUGGCUAGAAUGAUUUUAUCGACCCAAGAUCAGAAAAUUACAGCAUUCUGUUAUCCUUUAGGGUACAUGAAUGGUAAAGGACUUCUUAAAUAGUUAUGCAUACAUGGUACAUAUUGUUUACUAUCGAAAACAAGAAACAUUUUUUUACUUUCAUUGAAAAUGUUCAUUGUACAAACGUCCUUUUUUAUGAGAAUGUGAUUAUUAAAAUUAUUUUACUGUGUAAAUGCUAGAAGGCUAUGAAAAACUGUGAGCAGUUGAGAUUUUCUAAAUUACUAUAAAGAUUUUGGCCAUGUAGUAAUUAAAAAUGAACUAAUUAAUAAAUGGAGUUUUGUUUUGAAAUUUAAAUAUGCAUGGAUGAUUUGGUGAAAUUCUUAGUGCUUCAUUAACACAAUUAGGAUCCUUGCCUGUCAACAUGGUAAAGUGUUGGAUUUCAGGUGAAUUUAUAAAUACUGAAUGCCUACCAUCCACACAAUGAGUUCCUUGGGUCUGACCUGUUUGCAGGUUGGAAUGCUCUAUCACAUGAAUAAAAUACUUUUUUCCUUUAUAAGUAGAAACAACGUUCAUGGUAUUCAACAAAAAUGAGACCUCUACUUGCCUGCAGAUUUUGUAAAUUUCAUGUAUAAUGAAGAGUGGGUUGAUUUUCUCUGCAUGUAUAAUUUGGCCUUAAACAAAUGGCCAUUAACACCAGAGUAAGUGCAUGUUUCCACUUCAGAACUGCAUUCAGCUAUAGUUUUAACAAAGAAAACAAAUUGCCUAAUUAUCUGCUUUUAUCUGUGAUUUAGAUUAGUACAUCAGUUACAGGUUUGACAGGUGAAAAGGCACCUAAUUGUUUCCAACUGACUGACAUCAUUGUCCUUUUGUACAUAUUUCACGGUUCAAUUUGUAUCCCUUCAGCAUUGUAGUGCUUUUAAAAAUCUGUAACUGCUACCCCCCACAACUCACCCCAGUGAAGACGUGCAGUUCCAAAAUCAUCCAAAAGGUGGACUGCUUAGUAUUUUAAUGAGAAAGUUAUAAAAUAUCAUUGUGUUGUUAGUUUACUGAUGAUAAGUGGAUGUGGAUGCUAUAGGAAAUCUCUUUUAUAUAUGGUUUUUUUAAAAAAUGGCAUAGAUUUCUGAUUUGUUGUCCAAGUAACAUUGAUUUAGUAUUUCUUGUUGCUACUGGUUAGGUGAAUUGAGUUUCAGGAUUCACUUAUAGAUAUAUGGAAUAUACAACUCAAUGUAAAGACUGUGGAAAUAAAAAGAUA